AUGCAGGCAGCUCCGUAUCCCGACCCACUUCUUCGGUCUCUGAAUCCUGGGGAGAACCUGAGGUGCUUGCAGGCAGUGGUCUUUCUCUCGGGGCCCGCCCAGCUCGCGUCUCACUGCCACGGCUCGGAGGCCCCAGCCUUCACACAGACCCCGGGAGGCCCAAACCUGUCGGGGGUCGCCACGGACUGCAGCGCAGAGCCCACAGGCGGUCGCCGGCCCUCGGCCCUGCGUGAACCAUCGUCUCGCCCGCAUUUCGGCGCGCCUGGGCAGACCCCACCCACACCCCCUUCCCGGCUUCGUGACGCUGAGGAUGCCGAGCGCGAGGCUGGGGACGUUCGGCGUGGCGAUGUCACUGCUUCCACGCGCACCGUAAAGCGACCCCAAGGCAGUUUCCGCCGCCCGGCGUCGCUAGGCGACGGAGACAAGUCCCCACCAAUCGGAGCGCUGGGGGCGUGCGGCGUUCCACGGUUGCCGGGCAACCCUCGCCCGGGACGUUCCACGGCUGCCCGCCAGCUGGUGUCUGCACGGGCUUGCCUUGCACCGGAGAGGACUGCGCUGGGGGGCGACGAGAAGGCAUGUGUGGGGCGCUCCCUGCAGGCAGCCGAGGCCGGCAGCAUGGCGUCAACACAGGCGGUUUCAGCCUUAGCAGAAGGGAAGCCAGACGGGUCUGCAGGACUGACGGAUGGGCCCUCUGCUCCUUCAGCGAGAUUGGGUUCCUGGGCCAAGGACCACUGUGAUUACCUGCUAGACUCGAUUGAUGCCCAGCUCAGCCAGCUGCAGGCUCCAGGAUCCGGUGCGAGAGUCCAGGGCAACAGCAGUGAUGGGGCCGCCUCGCUGGAGACCUCCGUUGCAGCAGAUCUGGGAGGAUGUUCUGCGGACAGGAGCGGCCGUGCUUCAGCCGGGGAAGAGCCAUCCUCUGGGAAGGAGGAAAACAGCUGGCGACAGCCGGCACAUCUCCCCAUCUCAGAGCGCCCUCCUCCUGGAGGCUGGAGCAGAUCAGAUUCUGUCUGCACAGAAGACUUGGCCGCCAAGUUUAAGGGAGGCCUGGUGGACCUGCUGUGGAGUUCUGAGGAGCAGGAGGAAGAUGCAUUCCCUGGUGGAAACCUGUCCCGUGGCUUGAGGCCUCUAGAGUACACUACCCGAUGCCCGGUGGAGAACACCGGUCCUUCUCAGCUUUUGGCAGACUUUAGGACGACACUGGAUUCUUCUUCAGUGUGUAGGCAGGAUAUUGCGCAGCCACUGAAUGGAGCAUCCCUGGAGGAGCUGAGUUGGGCUUUGGCCGGCCAUUCAGAAGAGCCUCCCUCCAUAUAUAUUUGGAACCCAAGAAGAACUCUGGGGUCCCUCGGAGAGACCAUCUCUGGACUUAGCCAGAAGGGUUUUAAUGAGACCCCCAGGGACGCGGGAUGCGCAAAAGGUGGCUCAGCGAGGAAAGGGGUGUUUUGGCCCCUGGAUGCCAAGGACACACCUGUGGGCUUGGGGCUGAGGAACUCUGGGGAGAGUGCCUUUCUGGGGCCCAGAGAAGAUUUGGAGGGCUCCUCUCAGUUGCUUCAGGACGCUCACGAAAGCUCAAACAGUCCGUUGCUCAUUGAAGAUCUGGGGCCGUCUCGGCCUCUCCAAACUGCGGAUGUAGCCGCCCUCGGAACAGCUGUUUGGGGUGCUGAAGCCCCAUGGAGGACAGACCAAGGCAAGAGACAGUCUGGCUGCCCAAGGGACUUGUCGGGCGUGGCUUCUCUGUCCACCCUCAAAGCCGCCCACCGUAGCUGUGGGCCGUCCCCUGGUCCAUCCGGUCCACCCCAGAGUCUCGAUCCACUGGUGGCCUGGAAAACUGACCAGAGGCAAAGGGCAGCUCUGCUAGGAUUGGGGACUUGGGGGUCCCGGAAGCCCCUCGGAGUGUCUAGUGAGGGCUACGUGGAACAGAGAAGGCCGCAGGGCAGGGAUCUCCCCCACCCGGAAAGCCACGCUGCUGCUGUGGGGCUGAUGGAGUGGAUCCCUCUCAAGAGCUUUGAUGGUGUCACGGUUGGCAGCGACCUGGAUUCAGCAAGGAUGGAGAAGGCGCGUCGGGCCCGUUUCAGCAGGGCCUUUGGCUGCUGGCAAGGCUCUGGUCCCAGCCCCAGGAAACCCCACUCACUGCAGAGGCACUGGCUAAGGGACUUGAGUUCCAGUGAUGAAGAGGAAGAGGAGGAGGAGGAAGGGGAGUUGGUUCGAUUCUGGAGAAUCGGCAGCCCGAAGAGACGGACUCCAAGCAGAGCAGCAGAUCCUCACUGGAAGGCGACGAAGAGCCAGGCCUGCGGAGGUGAUGAGCCCUCUGCAGGCACCACGCAGCACAGAGGAGAUCCGUUGGCUGAAGACGUUGUUGCCAGUCUCGUGAAAUUGGAGGAAUCCAUGGUGAAGCUGCAGCAGGAUUUGGAAUUGGAAGAGGAAAAGCUGUCGCAAAAGAAGGCCCAGAUCCGUGAGGCUGAGGUGUCCCUCUGCAGCGUCCUCCAGCAAAAAAAGCACAUGACUCUGGAGCUGGAGACCUUGCGAGAAGCCCUGGAAGAGAGCCAGGAGGAGGCACAGAGGCUGGAGUGGCAAGCAAAAGAGAAUCGAGGCAAAGUGGAUGAGGCCAGGGCUGAUUUGGUGCUCCUGGGUCAUAAGCGAGAGGCCUGCCUGCGGGAGCUGCCCAGGCUGGAGGAGGAGCUGAGCACCCUGAGGAGGAAAUGCAGCCGGUACGGGGUUCUGCAAGCCGAGGUUUCCCGGCUGGUGACCGAGCGGGAGGAAUUGAAGACGCAGGUGGGCCAGCUAGAGGACAGCCUGGUGUCUUUGAAGCACCAGCUCCGGAAGUGCAAGUCGGAGUUAACCUCAGUGCACGAAACUGCGGGAGUCCAGAAUGCGCAGCUGCAACAGGUCGCUCAGGCCGCGGGCGAGCUGGAGGGGCGGAUCAAGGGGCUGGAGCGGCGGAUCUCGGCCCUGCAGGAGACCCUGUCGGCCAAGGAUCUGGAGCUGGCGAGGCUGCGCCAAGCCGUCGUGAGCCUGGAGUCCGAAAAGGAGGCCCAGGGCUCCGCCUUGGAGGGCCUGAAGCAAGAGCACAAGCGCCAGCUGGAGAGGCUGCAGCGGGAGGCCUUGCGAAAGGAGGAGAUGGAACUGGCUCGACUGCGGGAGGAGCUGCAAGACGAGAAGCAGCAGGCACUACGGGAGCUUGCAGAAAGCACAGAGCAGGCGAAAGCCAGGACCCUCCAGGAACAAGCAGCCACUUUCCAGAAGGACAUCGAUCACCUUCACAAAACCAUAGAAGAUCAGGACAAUUUGCUCUCCCAGCAGAAGCAAGCCAUGGAGCAGCAGGCACAGGCGCUGAAGCUGGCCGGCGAGGAGAUGGUCCAGAAUUCGCUGCUCCGGGAGCAGAAGAAAUGGGAGGCCGAUGCCAGAGCAGCCCUGCAGAUGCAGAGGGAGGCACUAGAAGAGCAGCACCGGAGGAUGCAGACCGAUCUCCAAGGCACCCUGGAGAAGGAGAAGGAGGCUAGUCUUGCUUUGCAGGACACAACGGCAGAACUCCAUAAGAAGACCCAGGCGCUGGAGAGCCAGGCCCGCCUGUUCCAGAGCGAGAAGAGGGCGGCCAUGCAAGAGCUGCAGGCCCUGCUGCAGGAGGAGAAAGCCGAGGCACUGAGGAGGCUGAGAGAGGAGCUGGAGCAGGCAAGGAUGCAGGAAAGGGAGCAGAUGAGAGUCCGGCUGCAGCAGAUGGAAGACGAACUGCGACUCCUGCAGGCUGAGCAGAGCCAGACUUCCUUCCGGGAGAAGGAAUCGCAGGCCCACACGGAGUGGGCGGACCACUCCCUGGCCAGGGAGGUGGCUUUGGCAUGCCAGCGGUUCCAGGAUCUGCUGCCCAAGACGGCUGCCGAGGCACCCAGCAUCUUCCAGAUGUUGGCCAGGGACCCAACUCCCUUCGCUUCUGGCCGGGCACUCCAGGCCUUGCAAGAGGUGAGCGAGGAGACCAGGCGCUACCUCUGGGACCUCAGACGCCAGACCGAGGCACAGAAAGUCCACAUCCUGCAGAUCCAGAGGGAGAAGGAAAGCCAGCUGAGGCAGUUGCGGGAAGAGCUCCACUCAGAGAAUCAGGCCGCUCUAGAAGCCCUGAAGGAGCAAUUGGUCCAGGAGCACAUGAAAGACAUGGCCGCCCUGCAGCGCCGUCGGUUGAGGGAGUCGCAGGUGGCGGGUGACCCUGUGCUGCAUCAGCCGCUGCGGGAGAAGGUCGGCGAGCAGCGGGCGAUCCGGAAGAAUCUGGCACCCCAGAAGGAUGAGACGGCCUCCCAGUUGGCCCUCCAGCUCCAGGAGGAACUGGACACAGAGCUGCAGAAGUGUCUCUCCAGGGGCAGAUCCAUGGACUCUCUCAGGACCCUGGGGGCAGCCCAGCUGGAAUCCAGCCUGGAGUUACCAAACUCCAUGGGCCGGGGCGGAUUCCUCCACCCCGUCUCCAUCAGCCCCCCGUUAGUGAGCCCAGCAGCACCUUGGUCCGGCCAGCGGAUCUUCAGCACCCCAAAGCUGCUGCACCACCUGCAGAGCCGCAUCCGAGCGCUGCGGGCAGAAAAUGCUCAGUAUUGCAGCGGCAGCCUGGACGACCUCAGCGGCCUCCGGGAGGGUCUGAGCAAAGCCUACAGAAGCAAGAGGCCCCUGUCGUCCGAUCGCUCAUCCUCACAACUCCACAGUGGGAAGUGAAACUCUCACAGACGGGUCGCAAUAGCAAACAAGAUCUACAGUGCUCCUUCUUCAACACUGCUUUGCAGAGAUGGUGGUCCAAGGAGGCAUCGUGGAUUUCUUGUCUUCAGGAGGCAAAAUCCAUUCCAGGGCUGGUCCCUCGAUGAGGCAGUUCCCAUCUGGCUGGAUCUGAACUUCUGGACUCUGCUUGUGCUUUCUCUGCUAGCAGAACCAAGCUUCCCAUUGCUUUGGUUCAGGGCUACAACCCUCCCAGCUGUUCUUGGACAGAAACUCCCAUCCAGCCUCAGUGGCCAAGACUUAGGGAUGAGGGGAAGUUAGUCCCACACCAUUCACGUAAAAGGAUCUGAAAUAAAGAAUUCACAUCGCAGCCCAACUGAUCCAAUGAUCCAAUGAAUGCAUGUACACAAAAACCCGUGAAAAAUGAAAUAGAUUAACCUUAACUGUAUUAUAAACCAUAGAACCAUAUAGAAAAAGUAAUAGUAAUUGACCAUACGAAGUAAAAAUACUAAUAAAACACGAGAUACUCUAAAUAACAUCCAAUCAAAAGAGAACUAUAUACAGGAGAACCUCAGUAUUCACGGGGGUUCCAUUCUCUGCUACUGCUACGGAUGCAGAAACCGUGGAUACAAAGUCAUUGGGGCAAUGCAAAUCAGGGGGUUAGGUUCCUAGUGGGUGUAGAAAGCCCCCCAAAUGGGGGUUAAAGGCCCUAGAAAUGCAGGAGGGAGUAGCCUACCGUGGAUUGUGGGUUCCCACCAGUCUAGCAGUGCCCCACAAGAGUAAAAAAUUGGCUGGAAAUCGUGGUUGGGCGGGGGGGGGGGGAGAUAGACACCAGCAACAGUCACUGGAGGUCCUGUGCUGGGGGUGGAUCGGGCCAGUUACUCUCCCCGUGCUCCAUAAAGAGAAUCACCACAUUAUAAGGUGCCUCUUUGCCCAGUUAGCUGAUGAUGUCCCUCCCUGUGGACUCUUUUACCUAGGUCAGACUAGUAGACCUUUAGGGAUCUGCAUUAUAGAACAUAAGAGUAAGAUUAGAACUAUGAAUAUGGAGGUUCCUUUUACUUCUCGCUUUGUUAAAUAUAGACACCGGAAACAAUGGAAUUUUUUUGCCAUAGAGACAGUGACAGUAAGUACAAGAAGGAGUGAGGAUUUGUCUUUAAAACUGACUCAAAGGGAUAUUCUUCUUCUGGAUAUUUGCUCUUCUUUCCCCUAUGGGUCUCAAUAAGCAAUUAGAUUUAGCUUCAUAUUUAUAAUAGAUUCAUUGUGUAGAUAUAUUUAAGAGACUAUUUCUGGCUGUAAACAUAUAAAGGAGUUUUAUGCCUUUAAGACUUUUGAGUCUGGCUAGUAAAAGAUUUCACACAGCUGGUGUAAAUCGGCCAUGUGGCAGGUGAACUAUUCCGUAGCCCAGAGACCUUUUAGGAGAAAAGCUGCAAAAAGAAUCUGGUGAGAGAUUUACCAUAUUCUAUGAAACUAUUUAUAUAAGUUUGGCAUUUAAUGUUAUAUGUUUGUGAGAAGAUCAGUCUAGGCAGGUUUGUUUGAUGAGAGAAUCAUUUUUAAAGGGAUUGUAUAAAAGCUUAUAACCAUUGAAGGAUUUACCAUGGAAUACUGAUUGGUUUUUGUAACUUAUUCACAAGAUGUCUUCUAAUAAUUCCCAUAAUUUGUUGACAUGUUAAUCAUAUGAUUGAAUAUUAGCCAUUUAGGGACAUUUAUUUUUAUUUAUUUUUGCAUUUAUAUUCCACUCUUCCUCCAAGGAGCUCAGAGUGGGGUUCAAGGUUAUGUUCCUUCUCACAACAACCCUGUGAGGUAGGUUAGGCUGAGAGAUAUAGGACUGGCCCACAGUCACCCAGUGAGUUUCAUGGCUGAAUGGGGAUUUGUAUUCAGGUCUCCCUGGUCUUAGUCCAACACUCUAACCACUACAUAGGAACACAGGAAGCUGCCAUAUACUGAGUCAGACCAUAGGUCCAUCUCGCUCAGUAUUGUCUUCACAGACUGGCAGCGGCUUCUCCAAGGUUGCAGGCAGGAAUCUCUCCCAGCCCUAUCUUGGAGAUGCUGCUAGGGAGGGAACUUAGAACCUUCUGAUCUUCCCAGAGCGGCUUCAUCCUCUGAGGGGAAUCUCUCGCAGUGCUCACACAUCAAGUCUCCCCUUCAGAUGCAACCAGGGCAGACCCUGCUUAGCUAAGGGGACAAGUCAUGCUUGCUACCACCAGACCAGCUCUCCUCUCCACAGCAACACUGGGUAUUGGAUUUAGUAAAGAAGUAUGGAGAAAUUAUGUCUCUUUUUUAAAGUAAUAUAUAUCGUGAUGUUAAUAUAAUAUAUAUGGGUGGAAAUAUGUAUAUUUUAUAGGAUAUAUUAGAUGAGAGGAUUUCAAAGUUCUUUAUGAAGAGGCUUUAUUCCAUGUCUUCCAAAGUAUUUCCCCAGCAUGAUUCUUGAGUCACAGUGAAGAUAUGGUUGAUGUUCGUGAGAAACUACAGGCAACCCCAUUAUUUGGGAGGUUCUGUUCUGUAGCAGGGGCUGUGAAUAGUGAAUCUGAAUAACAGGGCAUUAAAGUAAAUUUAAAUUGGGGGGUUAGGUUCCCACACUGGACAAAAUCUCCCCCAAAAGGGAAAAAAACGGGCCAAAUAAGGGGCCCUACAAUGCUCCACUACCCAUCAUGAGUACAAGAAUGCCCCAUAAUAAGAGUAAGAAAAUCAGCUAAAAAUGGCGUUUCCCCCACAUUUUUUGUCUAAAAUGCACCAUAAAAUGGAAGGUCAUUUCUGGCCUCUGCAGAUAUGUGGAUUUAACCCUUUUUUAUCCUGAUUUUUUUCACAUAUAGUCCCUGCUCACUUGGCAAAGAGGCACCUUUUAACGUGGCGAUUCUCUUUAUUUAGCAGGGGGAGAGUAACUGGCCCUAUCCGCCCCCAGCACAACAUCCCUCCAGUGACUCUUGCUGGUGUCUAUCUUGUGUUUAUUUCUAGAUUGUGAGCCCUUUGGGGACAGGGAUCCAACUUGUUUGUUUGUUGUUUCUCUGUAAACCACUCUGGAAACUUUUGUUGAAAAGCGGUAUAUAAAUAUUUGUUGUAUGGGG